UGCAAAGCUCUUCUCCUGGAAAUCACCCAGAAGGCAGCAUCUGCCCAAAGUCCGACAUUUAAUCCCCGACAAAGAGCGCACCUCAUCAGCGGGGAUUAAGUCCGCCUUUGAAGGUGGCAGAAACCUCAGCAAUGCGAAAAAAAACCAAUAUGAUUCAUAUUGAAAGAAGCCCUCGUGACGAUUGGCUGGCCGCGUACUGGGCUGUCUUUAAAUGGGCUCCUUUGGAUGGGCAGAUUCAUAGAGUCGAGGGGUCGGUGACACUUCUGCUUUUCAUCUUCUUGGCUAUACGCAGAAACUGCAGUCGACAAUGAAGUCCGUGGUGGUUCUGAUGUGCCUGCUGGGCGUGAGCCUCUGCCUGCCGGUGCAAGAGAAGUUGCAUAGAGAAGCGGGGCCUUCAAGUGCAGAAGUGCUAAAGAAGCUGCAUAGAGAAGCGCGCUCUUCAAGUGGAGAGAGAUACAGGAUGCCGCCGAUGUUCUAUCCUCCUCCUCCUCCUUACAUUCCUCCUUACGUUCCUCCUGCCUUCAUGCCACCACAGCCACCAGUUUCUCCGACUCUGUCCCUGCUGGAAUUGCUGGCUCUGCUCCUGCCUGCAUAGGCGUUUCUCCCGCACCAGCUGGCUCUUUGUGCCUUGAUGCUUUUUAUUGAUCUGUAUUGCACACAAUAAAGUGACAUUGCCAUAUU